UGUGUGUGGAUGAAUCCUACCUAAUGCAUGCACAUUUCACAGGGACCUAACUGCUUUCCCGUAUCCUUGGUUGGGUUGGGAUGAGAUAUGUUCAUUACCUUUUGCUCCAUUUCAUUGACUUUUUCUUAUUAAUAAUUUUCCUCUUUAAAUGCCACAGAGAAUUACCUAUUUCCUAUCUAAAAAAUUCAUGAACGAGUAAUCCACUAGCCCAAACUGACCAAUUUUGACUAGACUCCUUCAAACACAAAUUUCUCUCGAGGAAAGUGAAAAACAAGAUAUGGAUACCAAUUAUAUUUUUCUCCUUUUUUUUUUUUUCUAAAACACAACAACGACAGCUAGCCGAGAGAAGAAGUGGGGAAAAGUUCAAAAAAGAAAAAAAAAGGGAAAUUGAGUGAUGUCAAGAAAAGUCGUCGAUAUGAACGCGUUCAUUUCAAAACACGCGGUCCGUAAUGCUAAAGUCACACGUAGUUUUUGAAAUUUCUGUGUAAAAAAGAGAACUGUUUAGGUGCUUUAGUGUGAUAAAAUAAAGCAACUACACCAUGCAUGGAAAAGAGAUUCUUCACAAAAUGAAGCUGAAGUCUGUGCUAUUUUCAUCUGGGGCUGACACAGGGAAAGGGAAGAGCAAAAUGUCAAAGCAUAUUAUGCAUGGUUUUCACUGCAUGAAGGGAAAAUCAAAUCAUGACAUGGAAGAUUAUGUAGUUUCUGAAUUCAAGAAAAAAGAUGAUAGUGAGUUGGGUUUAUUUGCAAUCUUUGAUGGACAUUUGGGCCAUGAUGUUGCAAAGUACUUGCAGAACCAUCUGUUUGAUAACAUCUUGAAAGAGCAUGACUUUUGGAUCAAAACGGAGGAUGCAAUUAAAAGAGCUUAUAAGUCGACAGACAGUGAAAUAUUGGAUAAAGCAAGGCUUCUAGGCAGAGGAGGGUCAACAGCCGUGACAGCAAUACUUAUCAACGGUCAGAAACUGGUAGUGGGAAACAUAGGAGAUUCUCGGGCAGUUAUAUGCAAGAAUGGUGUUGCUAAACAACUAUCAGUUGAUCAUGAGCCAAGCAAGGAGAAGAGAAUGAUUGAGAGUCGUGGUGGUUUUGUAUCAAACCUUCCAGGGGAUGUUCCUCGUGUUGAUGGUCAGCUGGCUGUAGCAAGGGCAUUUGGUGAUAAGAGUUUAAAGAUACAUCUUAGCUCGGAACCUGAUGUGACUGUGGAGCUGAUUGAUGACAAUGCAGAGUUCAUUAUUCUGGCCAGUGAUGGGAUAUGGAAGGUUAUUUGCUUUGCGAUUCUAGUUUCUGUUAUGUCAAACCAAGAAGCAGUGGACACUAUCAAAAACAUAAAGGAUGCACAAUCAGCAGCAAAGCUCUUGAUAGAGGCAGCAAUUUCUAGGAAGAGCAAGGAUGACAUAUCUUGCAUUGUUGUAAGGUUCCAUUGAUAUUUUUUAGGAGAAGUACCAUCCUUUUCCCCAAUUAAUUGGAGUAUAUUAAUGGCUGAAUAUGUGUAUAACAUCCAAAGUUUUUUCCGUUCUUUAUAGCCAUAGUGAUUGCUGAAGCCUCCUAUAGAACUGUUGUAUGUAAAAUUGACUGAGCAUUAUAAAAAUGAUUACUUAAUUUGGCUGUAAUUCUUUUUAUUUGUUAAUGAUGCAUAAUGCCCUGAUGUCAAUGCUGUGUCGAAAGGACCAUCCAUGCAUUGAAUUUGAUCACACUUCUGGAACUGCUUUAUAAAACUUAUUAGAAUAUCAGAAUAUGGAUAGAAGUAUGAGAUCUUCUGAAGACAUUGUACAAUCUAUUUUUCACUGGGAGACCUGCAAACCGGCUAGUGCAUAUUCCAUGGAAACCUGUUAUCUAUAGCAUUAAAACUCGUUUCGUAAUAGAUGCAUGGUUCAAUAAUAUUCUCUUUUCCAAGGUCUCUAGUUUCUAGACACAUUGUAGUAUCAUCUUAUAUCAGGCAAGGAAUGCUGAAAAUUCUCUAGGCCUUGAAAAUUCUAUCAGAAGUGUUGGAUUAUAAACAAACAAUUAGAAUCUGUGUUUAACGAUGAUUUAAAUGUAUCUGACUCUCUUCCUUUUUCAGAGGAAAAUAAGGGGCUUUUUGGCGGCCCCUGCCUGCUAUACCUUUGAAUAUUUAAGCUCAAAGUUACCCUUGGUUUCUAACUUCAAAUCCUGUGCUGUGUGGUCCUCCUCUUUUUGCUGAUUUUAAAAAUGGUUUUUGAAGGGAUUUACCUCACCUCUGAAAAGCUAAACCAACUAUAAAUACCCCACCUCUACGUGACUACAGCAAGCCAUGACGCAUGGUCCAUCCAAAACCGACAAUUGUAAAGGCAAAAUAAUAAUUUACAAACAAUAACACUACAUAUAAGACGAAGAAAUAUAAAAAUUUACUGACAAGUGCCCUUAAUCCAUAAAAAAAAAGUCCUCGGGUUGUAAAUUUUGAA